UGCCAGCCGGGCGGAGGGCGCGAGAUCUGGCCGCGGGCCGGCGGGCGGGGAGGGCGCGGAGGGCGCGGGCGCGCUGCGGCCCCUCCGCACCAUGUACACCAUCACCAAGGGACCCAGCAAGCUGGUCGCGCAGCGGCGCACAGGUCCGACGCAGCAGCAGGUGGAGAGCAGGCUCGGCGAGCUCCUGAAAUGCCGGCAUUCCGCGCCGAUCCCGCAGCACCCGCGGGCACAGCCGCCGGGCCCCUGGCCCCUGUCGAGGAUGCUCCUCUUUAUUUUAGUGCCCCUCUCAGCUGAGGAGGAACCCCGCGCGGCGGUGGGGCACCUGAGCCCAGGAUGGCGAGCAGGCCGGCGGGACCGCGAGUGCCUGGCGGAGUGGCACGUGCAGCCCAGGACUCCCGGCUCCCACCUCCUGCUUCCAGGGCCGAGGCUCGUGUUCAAUCGGGUGAAUGGCCGCCGGCCGCCUGCCACGUCCCCAUCCUUCGAGGGAACCCAGGAGCCCUACACACUGGCCCACGAGGAGAACGUCCGAUUUGUGUCAGAAGCCUGGCAGCAAGUGGAGCAGCAGCUGGGUGGUGGCCCGGCCGGUGAGAGCGGGCCAAGGCCUGUGCAGUAUGUGGAGAGGACCCCCAACCCCCGGCUGCAGAACUUCGUGCCCAUCGACCUGGACGAGUGGUGGGCACAGCAGUUCCUGGCCAGGAUCACCAACUGCUCCUAGUCACAGCUUUGGAAGGAAGGCUGUCUUGUGCAGGGCCUGGCCCUGCCCCACGCUGGACCCUCUGCCAGGAGAGGACCACGGCGCCCUGUCUACCCGCUGAGGCAGGCCGUGCUUCACUCUGGGCCUGGCCAGGCGCCGGCCACACCUGAAGUGCCAGCAUUUGGACUUUUGCCCCUGCUGACCCCUUGGCCAAGCUGUUCCAGGCUGCCGGGGGCCAGGGGUUGAAACUGUCUGACCUCAGUCCUGCUCACUGUGCCCGGGGACCAGCCCGUGGGGCUGGCAGAGAGGAGCUCCAGGCUAAUAAAGUUGAGAAACUGC